CCGCCCGUCCUCCGCGCGAGCCUCAUUAGUGGCGGCGCCUCGCGAGUCGGGCGGCGCCGUUGGGAAAGGGAGCGCCUCUCGGUCCCUUAACUGGCCCUGCUCCUGGAUGCGGCCGGGCUCGCAGCCCUCUUUCGCUUCGCUCUCACGCCGCCGCUAGCCUAGCUCAGGUCCCCAGGAGGAGCCGGGCGGCGCUAUGAUGUUUGACAAGACGCGGCUCCCCUAUGUGGUGCUCGAUGUGGUCUGUGUGGUGUUGGCUGGCUUACCUCUUGGUGUUCUAAACUUGGCAAAAAUAAAGCCUUAUCAGAGAGGCUUUUUCUGUAGUGAUGGCACCAUCAAGUACCCGUUCCAUGACAGUACCGUCACAUCCACUGUCCUCUACACAGUGGGGUUCACCUUGCCCAUUUGCUCUAUAAUCGUGGGAGAAGCCCUUUCUGUGUAUUACAACCGUUUGCACUCCAACUCAUUUGUCCGAAACAAUUAUAUUGCCACUAUUUACAAAGCCAUUGGAACAUUCCUUUUUGGUGCAGCUGUUAGCCAGUCUCUGACAGACAUUGCCAAAUACUCAAUAGGCAGACUGAGACCUCACUUUGUGGCUAUCUGUAACCCAGAUUGGAGACAGAUCAACUGCACUUCAGGCUAUGUUGAGAACUUUCACUGCCUUGGAGACAAAGUCAAGGUUAAUGAGGGACGAUUGUCAUUUUACUCUGGACAUUCUUCUUUCUCCAUGUAUUGCAUGCUGUUCCUCGCACUUUAUCUUCAGGCCAGAAUGAGAGGUGACUGGGCAAGACUUCUGCGUCCUACAAUACAGUUUGGCCUUGUUGCGGCAUCAGUCUAUGUGGGUCUCUCCCGUGUUUCUGACUACAAACAUCACUGGAGCGAUGUACUGACCGGGCUUAUCCAGGGAGCAGUGGUAGCUGUUCUUAUUGUUGCAUAUGUAUCUGAUUUCUUCAAAGUCAGAGGUCGUACUUUUAAACAGAAGGAGGAGGAAGAUUCACACACAACUUUACAUGAGACACCUACAAAUGGAAAUCAUUUUGGAAGUAACCACCAGCCAUGACCAGCUCAAUAGCGAAUACCCUGUGGAAUCCCCUGCUCUCCAAAAGGAAAGUUUUACAAGUCUUCCUGGCCUAUGUAAAAAAAUAAAUAAAUUAAAAUGCCUUUUGAAGGGACUGCUGCUAUACCUCUUGAAUGCUCACUUUACAUGUAUAUAGUAACAGUUAAGACAUAUCUAAAACCUUCAUUUCUCUUGGUUCAAGCUUGUGCUUUCAAGACAUUAUUUGGGCUAUUUUUUAAUUAAAAUAAUGUAACAUUUAUGUACAGUGGUGUAUGUAAUAUGCUCUGCUUAUGGUGAAAUACAUACAACACAUUAAGAACACUUUAAGCAUCUGUCUUGCUGGGGAAGGGAGACGAGUGGCAGCCUUUGCAGUUAACGUUUAUGCUUUCAGUGGAUUAUUUAGUGGAGUCUUAAUGGCUGAACAGAUGGGUGACGCCAGUUCCACAACAUCCCUGGGCUUGUUAUAGGUAAAGGCUUGCAGCAAACACAAUGUCUCUCUUGAUUUUAGUAAUACCUGUUAAGGAGAAGGUAAAAAAUGAUCAGUAUUAUAUCAUAAGAGAAAGCUAAACCUGGAUAUUGCCUUGCUGAAAAAUAACAUGCAUUCAGAAGGAGCAUAUCUUUUUUAAUCAAUGUGGCUACUGUGCUCCAGGGUCUCAAUUAUCAAAUCUUCCAGCUGCUCACUUUAUUUUCCUGGUUCUUAACUCCAAACUGCUUUGAUGGCGCUUUAAACACAUUAAUAACUGUUUGGCUAUCUAUUAUAUUAUUCUUUAUAAAGUGGAUAGCAGCUGAUAAAAGAUACAGGCAAAAAUGUCAAAAAAGACACUUAGCUUAUGUUUUAAGCCAUUUUAAACUGCUUGUAAACACUUUGUUUGAAGACAUGUAUUUAUAAGAUAUAGUAUGUAUACAGGCAUACCUUCUGCGAAUUUAUUUUCCAGUUCUGUGUUUCCAAUGGCUUUUGCUGCUUGGCACAUCUGUCGAAGCAAUUCUUCUAGCCUCCUCAUACAGCGAAUUAUGCUCCCUGGUUUUAAAAAAAGGCUUUGGAUUUAAGCAGUUAUUUUAUGAUGAUUUUAAACACAAAAUAAAUCAGCGACACCUUCCAGUCAUAGGACUACCCUACCUCUACCAUCUUACAGUUACACAAAGAACCUACAAGAACACAUACUCCUUAUCCAUAUCAAGAAAUACAGAAUCACCACCUAAUUAUAUAUAUAUUCCUGGACUUGCUAUUCUAGAUUUAGAGUGCACUGUCAAGAUCAUUCCCUGCAGCUGACCCUAUCUUCUUAAGUGUAAUCCUGGAAAGAACCCUUGUCCAAGGAAAAGCUGCUCCCCCCCCCACUUUACUGUUACUUGCCUUAAGGGAGUGCUGGUAAGUGGCUUACUGUAUUGUUGCAUUGCUCCAGAAAAGAGAAGAUAUUCGGAGCCAGCACAGCAGAUACUGAUAAAGCCUCUCAACUGACUAAAAUCUACAAGAUUUCUUACUUAUUGGAAUUAGUUCCUUGCAGCCCAGCACACAUGCCAGUAUUUAAAAAGAGAGUCUCUGGCAAAUUGUUUACUGUUGUGCUGGUAGCCUUGCUUAGCCUCCUCCACUGAAUUGUGCUGCUGCAGGAGGGGAAUGAGAAAAUCCUGUUUAAUGUGUUAGGUUUUAGCCUGCAUCCACCGCAGACUUCAUAAACAACGCUGUACAUGCUAACUCUGUAAAAAAUCAAGUGGCCUAGAGGGACAAAGGCCCUUUUGCUGUUCCAUUAAGUGAAAGCAGUGACAUGAAUUCUGAGAUUAAAUGUGAUCUUUGGAUUCUGAAUCCAGAAACUCGUUAAAAGUCACCUGGAGUCAAUUACAAAAAAAAAAAAGACACCAGUCUGAGCCAAAAGAAGCUGGAGUAUGUCCUCCAAGUAUAGGCCAUACUGAAUUUGGAGCCGACAACAGCUAUAGGAAGAGACUGCUGCCCUCUGUUUUCAGAGUUCAUUACAAAAGCAAAAUCCAAGUGCAACACACAGAGAGCAUCUUUUAUCUAAGGCUGAGGCCGCACUUUCUUGCAUGCAAGCUUGCAUACUGGGGCACUGUAAACAAUGCAAAUGUCUACAAAUUGUACCAGCCUUUGCAAUGCAUUCCAAGGCACCUAAAGCCUGUUCUCCUUUUCAGUCUUCCUCCAGCAUGUAUCCUACACCCAUUGGAAUCUCAGUGAAAUGCACCUGAGCAUGGAAUUUAAAAGUGCCUUCCUUUCACCAUUGCUCCUCACUGCUCCCAAAAGCAAUGCCCAAAGCAGUUGAAAGGAUUGCUUAUCUGCCAUAGGAAUACAAGGAUGUGCCAUUUACACAAAGUUAGCAAAAAUGGGUACAGUGGUGGUUUGGGGUUACACUACCAUGGUCAGUGCCUUGUCUGUGUGUAACAUAAUUUCUACUGUGGCAGCUGAAAUUGCUAUGUGGGCAGUUUACAGAGCCUAAUUAUCCCACCCUGCCUCUUGCCCAGUGUCAAAAAAACUUGGAAAGCCAGAGUUGUAUGGUGAGCCAACAAGCAGCUGAGAGUUCACUUACUGGGCAAAACCUACGACUACCCACUUUUGGCGGGGGGAGAAAGGAUGGGGAUAACUUUGAUACAGCAUUUGCAAAUGCAACUACCAACAGAAUGGAUUUCCUGCUUCACUGCAACCAAUAAACUGUAAAUGACAAA